UAUGAGUCAACAAGCGUUCAAGAUUGGUACCCUCUCGAUUUUCAGUUUGUGACUACCGUCGUUUUUCCCCUGAAGUCUUCAUUUAUUAUUGAGCUACAAUAUCUUUGUUUGCCCCUGACUUCUACCCCUAGAUCUAGAUCAACAGAGGAAGACCAAGACGACAGCGUAAAGGAUAAAAAGGACUUGACAUGACGGACGCUGGUUCUGAAUCACUGCACAGCCACCGGCGCGACAUGGGGCAAGUGGAUGAGAUUUUGAAACGUGAGCUAAACACAAGUUUCCUGAAAGCCACUGGAGCCAAAGAUUCUGGAAGUAUAAGUACAUCAAGAACCCACACGGAGGAGCCAUGUUGGUCUUGGACUACAUGCCUAUUCGGCACAUCACCUCCAAGAACUUCCCCUUGCUCGGAGAACAGGCGGCCAGGCUACAUCUCCACAACUCUGGGAUGAAAAAGUUGGUGAAGCGCCAAGAGCAGACCAUCACAGGACGUGUGGAGGACGAAGGCUAUGUCGACAUGUUUGGCUUCCCCAUGUCCACUCACGCUGGUUAUUUUCCUCAAGACAACGGUUGGAUGGACAACUGGGUGGAUUUCUUUUCGAGGAAGCUCGAAAAACAAGUUUGCCUAACUGAGGACAAGCACAACGACCGAGACGCCCGGCCUGUGUUCGCGAUGCUGGAGCGAGUCAUUCCCAAGUUGUUCUCCGCGGUGACCGUAGAGCCUGCCUUAUUACACGGAGAUCUGUGGAGAGGGAACAUCGGGGAAACAGAUAGUGGGCCGGUGUCAUUUGACCCAAUCUGUUUCUACGGCCACGACGAGUUUGAAAUCUCCAUCGCCCGAGUGCACAAAGGAUUUGAAGAGAGCUACUUCAACAGUUACCACAGCUUCCUGCCCAAACAGCCGGGGUUCCAAGACAGACUGGACUUGUACUUGUUAUACCACUACUUCCAGCUGUGGAACCACCAUGGUCCGGCCUAUAACCCGGAAGCCUUACUGGGCGUAGUGGAGAGGGACGUGCAUGCAGCUCGAUUUGACAAAGGCUACAAAGAGUCGACGUUGCAGCUCAUGCAGGACAUUAUCAAAAGGUUUUCACCAUGACGCCCUUAGGAGUCCGCAUCAAUUUAGCUCAUCUUUAUAAUAAUAAUUAUUGAAACUUGCUCUUUGCCAUGAAUUGGCAUAUGCCUGACUUAGUUUGCAUUACAAUGUAGUAAUAAAUGAUAAAGGUUCCGUUCAAUUAUUAUUACAUAAUGUAUUAUCAAUGUCAUUAUCAUAUAAUUACAUGUAAUACUACUAUUGUUAUUACACAUGCAUUAUUAUUACAUGUGUUACCACUACCAUUAUGAUUUGUCAUUAUUAAUUUAUUGCUAUUGCGUAGUGUAAAAAAUUAGAAUUCACAGAAAUAAAAAAAAAUUCUAGUUAAUAACCCA